AAAAAAAAAUUGCGAACUGAGCAAUAGCACAUGCAAUAGCUUAAAUUCACAGCAGUAGAUAGGGAAUUUUAAGAACAGAUAAUAGUUAUUAAUUUUAUGUUUCGAGUUCGAUCUUAUUCAUAUUUUCUUAGAGAAACCACGGAAAUUUCAUGAACUCUUCCAACUUGCAUUUUUUUUAUUAAAGUAUGUUGGUUGGGAAGCUUCUGUAAUCAUGAAUACUCGUUAUCAAGUUUUCGAAUUUUCAGUUGAAGGACGUCAAGUGCAAGAAGUUGUAUCAUCUAUUUUUCAUACUUUGCUCUUUCACAGAACCUUAGGAAAGUGCCACUUCAAAAAUGAAGGGAAUAACUACACUGUUAGUACUAUGAACUUUGAGGAUGUUUCAUGUGACUUUGUUGAUUUCACUUAUGUGCGCUGCGCUUCAGAAGAACUUGAUGACUAUGUAUCUCGAGAAAUUAACUUGUUUUGUACAGCUUUAAGAAGUCAGGAUGGACCUUACAGUGGUCAAAUAUCCUUGGAAUUUUAUCAGAAAAAAAAGACUCGAUGGCCAUUUCAUCCAGAGUGUUCUCCUUGGGAAGUAUGGACCUUAAAAAUUAAUGUGAUAUGUUUACCAAAUGAACAUGAAAGGCAAGUCUAUCGUGAGAAAAUGGGAGAUGUACUUGCUGAAAAGGUUUUUGAUAUUGUUUCUGCUAUGAACAAAUAUGAUUUUGUUCCAAAAAUACCAGGCCAAGCUGACAUUGAUUUGUAUUUCGACACAUCUUACACUGAUGUCCAGCCAUAUUUAUUCAAGGCCAACCUGCCCAACAGAGCAUGUGAAUAUAGAGAUUUUUCAAGCCCUGGAUUUAAUGUGCAAUAGAGUUCAAUGAAAUUCUAUCCAUUAAAAGAAUUGAAAUGUAAAUAUUAUCAAUGCUUGUAUUAAUGAAUAGGUCAUUAAAAAUAUGAAUGUAAUCGGAACAAAAUAAACUCAAUGGCAUGUUUUUGUUUUCAAUAAAUCAAAUUUUAUACUAGUUUAGUUUGAAUCUUAUAUUUUCUUAAAGUAAUGUUGCAAAUGAAGUAUUUAUUACAGUCAAGCCCGCUUAUUAGAAUAUCGGUUAAAAGAAUAUCACGCUUAAUGUAAUACAUUUUCAAUGUACCAAAACCGUUAAUGUCUAUUUUUUUUAAAAUCCUGUUUAACGGAAUAUCCUGCUUAUUCGAAUAAUUUUUCGUGGAAAAUAGUCUGUUCCAUUAAGCGGGCUCGAACAUGCUUGCUUUUUUUAAGAAAUCGAGAUGUAUAAGUAAUGAUAACCUAAUGCAAAACUCCACUAUUGUUGAAUCUUAGUAUAAAAGUCGGGAAUUUUAUAAUUAAAUAUAAUUACAUUUAAUCUCCCAUCUAUGCAGUUUUGUUUUUCUUUUUUAAAUCAAGCUUUUAAUUUUUACAAGAGAAAAAUUGAAUUUUACUAGAAAAACAUUGAAUUUUAAUUGUGUAACUACUCGUGGAGAACAUCGAGACUCGAUUUAUACAAUUUUCACUCACAUAAAAUGGAUACUAUAUGAGGAAUGGAUACUCUGCUUGAAUAAGGGGUCAGUUGUGUAGUCAUUAUUUCUAUGUUUUUUAGAAGUUAAAUAUUUUGCAAGAUAUUUUUUCUGCUAUUGACUGAUGAAAAAUAACAAUUUGAAGUUUUUGGUUGAUAUUCUUUGUCUUUGAGAUAUAGGAAAUUCUUUUGUUAUUUUUGACCUAACCAUGCA